GGAGGAUGGGGCAGCCGCGGCGGCCGGCGAUCGGCUGCGGCCCGGCGGCGCCAUGACCGGCGAGAAGAAGAAGAAGAAGCGGCUCAACCGCAGCGUCCUGCUGGCCAAGAAGAUCGUGAUCCGGGACGGGGCCGGCCGACAGGGGAUUGGGGACCCCAGCGUGUACCACGCUGUGGUGGUGAUUUUCCUGGAGUUCUUUGCCUGGGGGCUGCUGACCACACCGAUGCUGACGGUGUUACACCAGACUUUUCCUCAGCACACGUUCCUGAUGAAUGGCCUGAUUCAUGGAGUCAAGGUAAGGAAUGUUCCUUCCAGGCUUUCCUUUAAAUAUGCCAUCACUCAGGAGCAUGAGCGCAGCACGGCAUAUGGCUUGGUGUCAGCCACGUUUGCUGCCAGUCUGGUCACCAGCCCGGCCAUCGGCGCAUACCUGUCCCAAGCCUACGGUGAUACCUUGGUGGUUGUGCUGGCCUCAGGUGUUGCUUUGCUGGAUAUUGGCUUCAUCCUGCUGGCCGUGCCAGAGUCACUGCCAGAAGAAAUGCGCCCGGUCUCUUGGGGAGCCCCAAUUUCUUGGGAACAAGCCGACCCAUUUGCUUCCUUGCGGAAGGUGGGUCAGGACUCCACAGUGCUGCUCAUCUGUAUCACCGUCUUUCUCUCCUACCUUCCCGAAGCCGGCCAGUACUCCAGCUUCUUCCUGUACCUGCGACAGGUCAUUGGCUUUUCCUCAGAGACUGUAGCAGCCUUUAUUGGUGUAGUUGGAAUCCUCUCUAUACUGGCUCAGACAGUUGUGUUGGGAAUUCUCAUGCGUUCCAUAGGAAAUAAAAACACCAUCCUCCUGGGACUAGGCUUCCAGAUCCUGCAGCUUGCCUGGUAUGGCUUUGGAUCACAGCCUUGGAUGAUGUGGGCAGCAGGAGCUGUGGCUGCCAUGUCCAGCAUCACCUUCCCAGCCAUCAGUGCCAUGGUGUCGAGGAACGCGGACCCCGACCAGCAGGGUGUGGUGCAGGGGAUGAUCACUGGAAUUCGGGGUCUGUGUAAUGGCCUGGGGCCGGCGCUCUAUGGCUUUGUCUUCUAUCUCUUCCACGUGGAGUUGAAUGAAAUGGCUGAGGUGGAAACUUUGGGCAAGGCCUCCAAACCCAACAUGGCCAACCCUACGGAUGAGAGCAGCAUCAUCCCUGGGCCACCCUUCCUGUUCGGGGCAUGCUCUGUGCUGCUGUCGCUGCUGGUGGCCCUGUUCAUUCCGGAACACAACCUGGUGCUGAGGUCGGGCGGCCACAAGAAGCACAGUACGGGGGCCCAGGCCCACCCCCACAGCCCCCCGGCCGGGGGAUCGGAUGGCAAAGAGCCCCUGCUGGAGGACAGCAGCGUGUGAGGUGGGACAGCGGGACCUGCCUCAGGCUCAACUCCAGGGAUGGACUCGGCAGGAGUUCGGGGUGGGGGAGAGAGGAGCCGAGGUAACAGACUGUGCCCCUGACAGCUGCUGAGGAGGGACAGGCUUUCCCUUCAAGCCAAAUACACACAGCUGGUGCAAAAAUGGAAUUGUAUCGCCUGGUGUUGAUGGAAAGGGGAGAUGUGGAACUGCUCCAUGUGGAAGGAUAGUUCUGGAAAGCAAACCUGCCCUUGCGCGUGAACCCUGCGCCCCGUGCCGUGCCCUGCCAAACCCUCCGCUCGCCAGUCACGAAGGAUGGAGCCGGCGUGGUCCGUGUUUGGUGGGAGCUCACUGGGCUGCCUCCCAGAAUAAAACAUGGCAUCUGCUCCGUGCCCCAUCCCUGAUACAGCUGAUUCCUGCCGCUGGCCCCUGGCAGCCCCCGGGGCGGGCGGGGCACCCCCUGUGCCUGUGUGGAGCACAGGGGUGGAGCUUCCUCACUGCCCGAGGACCUGAGGAAUUUACCCAUUCUGCCCCAAGUGAAACUUAGACCAAAAAAAAAUAAAUCUGCUGACUUAAUGUUCUGAUGAAGAGGAUAAAAAUUAAGAAGUAGAGUUGCAGCUCACACAAGGGAGAAUGGGCAGGUGAGAGAAGGGCAACUACAUGAAUUACAAAUGCUUGAAUGGCCACAAUGGCCAUAGUUCUGUUUGGUUUUCCUCUUUUUGUCAUGUUGAGGUGACAUUUGCCUGUCACUGCCUCCACAGGCAGUAGAUAGAAGGAUUUUUCAGAAAUCUUUUUAUGGAGCUGUGAGUGUUGUUUAGGAGAUACAGUUCUCUGGGGGGUCAGAGAAACAAUUAAACUGUGCCAAGCACUUUGGAGAAUGUGGUUUCCUGGGAGAAAGGUCAGAGAAGUGGUUGUUUACCUUGAGCACUUGUAUAAAGCAUGGUUUGUCCCGGGGCUCCUGCCAUCUAAUGUUAAACCCAGAGAAUGCUUGGAGCUGGUUUAUUCUCAGCCCAGGAGAUCCUAAUGGUGAGGAUUGUGUUGAUUUGGACUUACAAUUCGGAAUUCCGUGUGGCAUUUCUGAGCCUGCUGUGAAGGCUUUUGUUUAUAAAACAGUGAAAUUUCAACCUUUGCUGCAGGCUGGCUCUGCUCAGAAAGAGCAGGAGGUGCUUGAAGUGUUGUGAAAGAAGCUGAGGCAACCAGGGAAAGUGUGGUUGUUUAUAGAGAUGUGACAGAGGGCAGGAAACUAUUGUUCUCAUUUAAGUAAAUCACAAGUAAUGGCACUGAGCAGUUCUGGGAAGUAACGACCAAACUGGAGACACUUCGGGAAUCUGUUGUUAAGGGAAUUGAGGCUGCAGUGGCCACACCAGUCCUGCCUCAGAGUGGGGCCAGUGCAGCCAUGGCCAUUCUCUGGACAGGGUCCCCUCUCUGUGGGUUUGGGACAGGUAACCCAGGGAAGAGCAACCAAAAAGGAGGGUGUGUUGGCCCUUCACGUCGUGGUUCUUUGCCGACAGGUCAUCACUGCAGCUACUGCAAAUGCAGUUUGCCUCUGGAUUUAAUGGUAAACACUGCCUGGACGACCCUGCUGCUGACCCCAGCUGGCACACACAGGGCAGUGCUGCCCAUCCCCACUCUGCCUGGGAGCGUCCUCUGACUGCUCUGGAGCCUGUUGGGGCUGGUUGGUGUUGGCUCUGGGCACAGCAAGGGUGGCAACUUCAUGUGGGUCCCUUAUGUGCCUGUCAGACACU